ACCUAAUACUAGUCGGUUUCGGUUUCGGAUUAGAAUGAAUUACCCAAUUCAGGAAAACUUCGCGAAGCUAGUCAUAUUAUUUCUACCUAUACCCACGAGUAUGCCCGUGCCUUUCACCGUUUUAUUCCAUUCAUGGUUCAUCAUCAAACGGCUUUGUAUUGAGACAUAUUCAGACUUGACUAACCAUGUCAAACCUCCUCAAGGACCGUUUAGAUCUUCAACAACAAUCUCCACACACAUACACCGCAGCAUGGCACGAUGACUACAGCGCUGGGCCGUCCGUACAUGGUGGCUCCAUAGCAGCCAUCAUCCACGCCGCAGCUUCCCUCCAUCUCAGAAGUACCCUCUCCUCCUUUGAUCAACCAGACGUACAUACUAUGCACGUUGAAUUCCUCCGUCUAGGCGCACACGAACCUUUCACCAUCAGCAUAACCGACACCAAAACAGGCCGCGGCACCAAUUUCCUCCAAGUACACGUCUUGCAAGCCAAAAUCCUCCGAGCAAUUGCUUCAAUCACAUCCACAAACUUUGACAUAUCUUUUGGACCCACCAAAAGGUCUGAAGCCGCGCUACACCCGCCACUCACGCCCAUCCCGGACUUCGAAAAAGUUGCUGCAAAUGAAGUCGAAGCGAAUUGGCUCCCAGGCUGCUACACCAGUGAAGUUGUCGGGCUUAGUAAUCGCAUCCAUACCCUUUACCCGCGACUCGGCUUUCCAAUCACCGGCGUGCAUGAUAUGUGGAUGUCAUUCGCCGACCCUGAACGUAUUACAUCGACACAUCUAGCGCUACAGUGUGAUAUGCAGCCCUCCUUGUCCGAUACCAUGCGACGAACUGGGAGUAUUUUCGACGCGCAUCGAAUUCAUGAGACAUUUGCGACCGGUGCGCGAGAAAAUCCUGGACUUGAGGUGCGGUAUGAAUUAAAGAUGGAGGAGGCUAAGAGGGCGGAGACGUGGAUGAGUACUUUGACCCUGGACGCGGAGUACAAGAGGAGAGUUGGGGAUGAAGGGCUGAGAUGGGUUCGUUGUAGAACCGUGGUGGACGGACUGAGGGAAGGGAGGAUGGAUAUGAGUGUGACUUUGGGCGAUGAGAGCGGAGAGACAGUGGUGUUGGCGAGGCAGGCUGUACUAGUACUCGAUACGAAGAGGAGGUUCAAGGGCAAGGAAAGAGUGCAAGAGGGGAAAUUAUGAUGUGAGGAUGUCAGGGGCGGCUUGGUCGAAUACAAUCGUCAAUCAUAGGGUAGAGCAUAGACAGUCCUCAAACAUAAGCGAUACACUAGAGUUUGACAUGAGAAAUCA